AUGCCGUCUUUCUCCAGUUCAGAAACAGAGCCCAAAAUUGCAAAGGAGGCACACAGCAAUCAAAGUUCUCACAAUGACAUUGGGAAUGAAAUGGAAGAAAAAAUUAAAAAGGAUGAACAGGAGCACAAAGACCUGAAGAAAGAAGCUGUCUCAGACCCCACAGAAAACAUUGCUGUGCCACUGAAACCAGAGACACAGCCCAAAUUUCCAAAAGUCCCCAAGAAAAUGAAACCAAAAUAUCCAGCUCCAAUGACCAAGGGAAAGGAAAACCAUGCACAUCAUGAAGACAAACUGAGCAAUAAAAAGAAACGGAUGAAGAAUGCAGAGUCAAAUAAAUUGAAAAAGGCCAAUGCUGAUGGAACAAAACCAAUAUCUUCAGACUGUAAUGGACCUAAAAAAGCCAAAAAGGCUCAGGGUCCCUCUGCGGUGCCUAGCCGUAGUUAUACAGACGAGGAAUGGGAGGAGGUGUUUGAAGCAGUUCUCACCAGAGUUCUAGAUAAUGAUGGAGAAGACCAAAAGAAAGCAGAAGUGGAGAAAGUAAUGAAAUUAGAACUGGAUGAUUUUGAUGCACUUCUGGAGAUGGCAGAUGAAGACAUGAGUGAAUCAUUUGACACCUCCAACAAACAGACUGGCCACCCUGCCAAAGUCACCCCUUCCCCAAAACUGACCAGUAGAGGAGGGAGUGGUCAGCAGCAGAUGGACAUCCCAGCCCCCAUACUGGACCCUGGUGAGGACAGUAAUGGUGUGGCCACCAUGGGGGUGAGGGAGGACCUGAUACAUAUUGAUCCUCUAGGGGAGGAUGGACUAUUGGAGCAUCAGGGAGAGGGUCCAGAUGACUUUAACUUAGAACAUCAGCUCAGUGACAGCGAACAAAAGACAGCCGUGGUUAACAUGCCAGAGAGAAAAAGGAAGAAAAAUGGAAAACUUACCUCAAAGGGGAAGAAGAAAACCCUGCAACCCAAGCAGCUAGAGUACAGUCCAAAUGGAUUAGUUAACCCCAAUGCCAAAUAUGAAGGAAGCAAAGCGUCACAGAAAAAGCAUAAAAGGAAAAAAGUCCAAAAAGUUUCUUUGAAAGAUAAGAUGAGAUGCAGGGAGAUAGAAGAGAGAGGUGUGUGGGUGCAGUGUGGUUCCAGCAGCUGUAUGAAGUGGAGAUAUUUACACCACAUUACUGACCCCUCUCAGAUACCAGACCAGUGGUUCUGUUUCUUGAAUACAGAUCCUGAGCACAAUGCCUGUGACAAGGUGGAAGAAGAUUAUGAUGAAGAUGAUGCUGCUUACGAGUUCACUCAGUACACAGAGGGUUCCUUAGUCUGGAGUAAGAUGGAUGGAUAUCCUUGGUGGCCAGGAAUGGUGGAAAUGGACCCAGAUUAUGAAGAUUUCUACGAGGUUGAGGAGAAUUCAGUGAUGCCAAGCCACUAUCACGUGGUGUUCUUUGACACCAGGGUCUCCAGAGCCUGGAUAAAAGCUGCCAGAAUGUUGCCUUUCACUGGGAAAGAGGGUGUGGCAGAAAUUGGGCUGCCCAGGAUAAAGGGUCAUGACUACACCAAGGAGGUGAACAGAGCCAAGGAGAUGGCACUUCAGGCUUUGGGGAAGUCUAUUAAGGAGAGGCUGGCAGACUACGGCUUUGCUGGGAGGUUUGUUGGUCACUGGGGUACAGAAUCUGUCACCUGUAGUCAAGAUUCUAGUGAAACUAUGAAAAGGAAAAGCUCUAAGAAGCGACAUGGUGAUGUGCCCAGGUUGGAGGACUCGGAGUUUGAUGAGAUGUUGGAGGGAGCACAAGAUGUACUAGACAAUGUGGAACAGGUGCUGGAUGAAUUGAUGUGCAGUCAAGAGAGCUUCACAGACCAGUACGAACCAUUCCCUGUGUCACCAAAGAAAAAGAAGAAAUCAAAAUCCAGCAGUGUGAAGAGCAAAAAUCCUGACAGGAAGAGGUCUCACCAAGAUUCUGCAACAACAGUUAAGCAACAGAAAAAGAGAAAGAAGAAGAAUGAACAGUCCGUCAAUACACAGCUGGGAUCAGUGGCUGACACAGCAAAGUCUCAGGUCAAGGAGACCAAGGUUAAACCAUCUUUCAAGGCUCCCAAACCUUGCAAAGCUGCCACCGCCUUUCCAAACAAGAAAACUGCUCCAGAAUUCAGCAGGAAGGAUUCAGGAAAGAAAGCCUCCUCCAAGAAGGUUCCUGCAAAGAAGCCAGAGUUUGACCCUGAUGUGUUCACCAUGGAGGCCUCCCAGGAGGAAGAAAUGGAGGAAAGCUCAACUGAGGCAUGUAUGGAGAAGGUUGAGACACAAGAUGAUGGUGAUGACAGCCAAAUCUGCAAAACAACUGGUGCAAGUGAUAAUAAUAGGAAGACAGAGGAAGAUGAGGCGACUGAAACCAGUAGUGAUGACUUAGAUUGUGAUGCCAAAACUAAGAUGUCUGAGGAAAACACAUCCAAGGUUGAAAAUGAUGACUCUUCCUCACUUGAGAAAACUUCCCAUGCUGAAGCUAGACCUGUGAAAAACAUCAUGACUGAAGUGCCUUUAAACACUUCCAACCAGAAAGCCUGGACUAAAACUAAAAAGAAAAUUGCACACAAAACAAAAAGGCCAUUCCUGAAACCUACUCUUCGAAGACAGGUAGAAAAUGAUGCUGUUCUAGUUCCAAAUCAAACCAUGGCCUCCACUGAAGAAACAGAAGGAGAACAUAGGGAAGAGAAAAUUGUGAAGGGAAGGAAGAAAAAGAAACACAAGUUUGUAGCACCCUCAGGAGCCAAGUGGCCAACAAAUGCUGCUGCCAAGUCUGAAUCAGAAGAGAAAAGCUCUAAACACCAUGAGAAAGUAGACCAGAGAGUAAAAGUUGAACCAGAAGCCACAGUCUUUGAUGCGUUUGACCAAGAACCAAAUGGAGAGUGUAUAAAGCUACCUGCCAGCCCUGAUGAGAAUCCAACUCAGUUGCCUGAAGAUACCAAUUCACAAGAGGGAUCAAAAGAGUCAAGUACAUUCAAUAAUCCAAAAAAAGAAAAUAAAUCAUGUAAAAAUACACAGGAUAAUGAGUAUAGUAUUGACCUUGACCUAGAUAAUGAUGACCUUGACCCCAGGAUUGAGGAUAUGAGGAUGUCAGAUAUCCAUGUUGAGGGCCUCUAUGGUCAAGUGUCAGAUGUCGGUGAUAAACUUGUGACCUUGACAUCUCAAGGUCAGAGCGAGGGCGAUGAAGGAGAGGAGUCUGACCCAUUUGAAAUAGAGGAUUAACUCUGUAUUUUUUAAAGUACUAUGGGAAGUGAAUAUGUUUAUGAAUUGAGUCGUUUCAGUGGUAAAAAGCCAUUGUUUACUGUGUGGAUUUUUAAUAUUUUGUUGACUUUAUAAAAAUUUUUAAUUUGCCAAAAGUAAGUUAUUAAAUUAAGACCUUUUUAGUGUUGACUUUUAUUAUAGUUGUACAAGUAG